CCAAUUUUGGAUACUGAAAUAAAAUAAGACUGAAAAACUUGAACCAAAAAAAAACAACAACUUAAAAAUGACAAAUGUUUACAAAAAUUACUAAAACUGAAAUAAAAAAUAAUUAAAAUAAAUAGAAAUAUUAAAAGAUAGAAAAUAUUUUAAAAUAAAUGACAAAAGCACAAAACAAAAUGACUACAAUAGUUGAUUAGAAGUAUUAAUAAAUUCUACAAUAGUAUACAUUUUGCUUAAUAAUAAUAAUAAUGAUAAUAAUAAUAAUAAUAAUAAUAACAUACAAAUUGAAGAAGUUAGUCAUUGUUUGUGUUUAACAUACCAAUUUUGAUAUAUUAAUAUACAAAUAUGAGAUGAAAAACAUAAGCUUAAGCUUGAAGAAAAAUUAGAAGUUGCAGCUAACUCAAAUAAUUUUAUUGAAUUUCUAAAAUUAUAACUAAAACAUUUAACAUUCUAAUUUUGGUAAUUUAAUUAAACAGAAUAAUUUCAUUGAAUUGCUAAAAUUGUAAUUAUAAUAACUGAAGCUGAAAUUUAAAGCCUAUUGAAAUAAAAUAAGACUAAACCUGAACUUAAAAAAAAACAACAAAAAAAAAACACUUUUUACAAAUGUUGCAACUAACUGAAAUAAGUUGAAGUACUAAAACACUGAUAUGAAAAUAAAUUAAAAUAAAUAGAAAUAUUUAAAAAAUAAUCAAAUAAAAAUGUAAAUGAAAUAAAAAAUAAAAAUAAUGAAGUAUUAAUAAAUGCUAUAAUAAAAUAUAAAUUAUACCAAAAUAACACUAACAUAGUAAUUGGUUAAAAAGAAAUACAUAUGUGUGAAAGAAUAAAUCCGUGUUAUUGUUUAACAUACCAAUAUUGAUAUAACAUGCAUAUACAAAUAUGAGAUAAACGUAAGCUUAAAUUUAAAUAAAAAAUGAGAAGUUGCAACUAACUAAAAAAACUUGUGUUUUGUAAAUGGGGCCUGUUUUCUUUUGAACGCUUUACUUUUAUGCUUAAACACUGUAGAUUAUGCUGUGCUUUCGUAUACUGUAACGUACAGGAUCAGUGAGGGCUUAUGGUGACAUAAUGUACUUAUCCGGGCCGUGUGUCCGAUGAACUUGUUGACCUACUUGAAAUCACACAGGCUGCUGUGUGUGAAGGAAUGUGCUACAGUUGUGAUCCGUGACCCGUCACAAACCGGAAAGGAUAAACAUCAUGAUGCUGCACAUGAAAUCAUCGAUACCAUUCGGUGGGUGUGUGAAGAGAUUCCAGAUCUCAAGCUGGCCAUGGAGAACUACGUUCUUAUCGACUACGACACCAAGAGCUUUGAAAGUAUGCAGAGACUGUGUGACAAGUACAACAGAGCCAUCGACAGCAUUCACCAACUGUGGAAAGGGACCACCCAACCCAUGAAACUCAACAAGCGGCCUUCCAAAGACCUGCUGCGUCACAUCCUGCAGCAGGUCUACAACCACUCCGUCACCGACCCAGAGAAACUCAACAACUACGAGCCGUUCUCUCCAGAGGUGUACGGAGAGACCUCCUUUGACUUGGUGGCUCAGAUCAUCGAUGAGAUGGAGAUGAUGGAAGACGACACCUUCGUGGAUCUGGGCAGCGGAGUCGGUCAGGUAGUCCUGCAAGUCGCUGCUGCCACCAACUGUAAACACUACUACGGCGUGGAGAAAGCAGACAUUCCAGCAACCUAUGCAGAGUCAAUGGACAGGGAGUUUAAGAGAUGGAUGAAGUGGUAUGGCAAAAAACAUGGCGAGUACACGCUGGAAAGGGGAGAUUUCCUUUCAGAAGAAUGGAAGGAACGAAUAGCCAACACAAGUGUUAUUUUUGUGAAUAACUUUGCCUUUGGUCCUGAGGUGGACCACCAGCUGAAGGAACGAUUCGCCAACAUGAAGGAAGGUGGAAAAAUUGUAUCCUCAAAACCUUUUGCACCUCUUAACUUUAGAAUAAACAGCCGAAACUUGAGUGAUAUUGGCACAAUAAUGAGAGUAGUUGAGCUGUCCCCUUUGAGGGGAUCUGUGUCGUGGACGGGGAAGCCAGUGUCGUACUAUCUGCAUACAAUAGACCGCACCAUACUUGAAAACUAUUUUUCUAGUCUCAAAAAUCCUAAACUCAGGGAGGAGCAGGAGGCAGCCAGAAGGCGCCAGCAGAAGGACAGUAAGGAGAAUAAGAGCAACACCACCACCCCGACCAAGCCCAAGGAGCACAAGACGCAGCAUGACUCUGGUGGUGAGGAGGAGCGCUCAAACUCGCUCGUGCCAGUGAAACAGUCACCCAAACCCCGCCGGGCCAAACUGCUGCCCAGGGGCCGCAAGCUAGGCAGCAAGAAGCGAGGGCGGCCCAAGAAGGCUGCCGCUGCCACCGCAGCCGAGCGCAAGAACAAGAAGAGCCAGAGCGCCCUUGAUCUGCUGCACGCCAAGACCCUCUCAGCGGCGCCCUCUCAGGAUGCAUACAGGUCACCUCAGAGUCCGUUCUAUCAGCUACCUCCCAAAGUGCAGCAUUAUACGUCAAGCCAGCUUCACAUGGGCCCCACUCCCCCUGGCCUGCAGGCUCUUCUCGAUAACGUGAAAGUCCAGUACAUGGACUUCAUGGCCUACAUGAAGACACCGCAGUACCGGACCAACCUACAGCAAGCCCUUGAACAGGAAAAGCUGAGACACACAGAACUGUCUGGUCAAGCCCAGCAGCUGCUCAACGCUUGUCAUGCUCAUAAGGAGAGGAUCAGAGACCUUUUUCAGUCCAAACUGGAGGAGCUGGGUUUGAAGGCGGUGACCGUGGAGGACCUGGUACAAGCUCAGAAGGAGAUCACAGCCCACAACAUACAGCUGAGGGAGCAAACCAAACAGCUGGAGAGGGACAUGGCGGAGCUCCGAGAUCAGAGCCUGGUGCUGCUGAAGGCUCGCUGUGAGGAGCUCAAGCUGGACUGGGGAUCUCUGUGUUUGGAGACUCUGUUGAAAGAGAAAGCGGCUCUGCGAAGACAAAUCUCAGAGAAACAGCGCCACUGUCUGGAGCUCCAGAUCAGCAUUGUUGAACUAGAGAAGAGCCAGCGGCAGCAAGAGCUCCUGCAGCUCAAGUACUACAACCCAUGUGAGGAGUCCCCCUACCAAAAAGCCCUCCCUGGCCCAGAGCCCCGGCCCACACUGGAUUCCGACACCCCAAAACUCACCCCACACGCCUCUGUUGGGCUCAACGGCCUCAGCCCAGAGCUAUCCAUCAACGGCACAUCCUCGCCGGGUUAUGAGAGAGGUGGUGGCAGUGGAAUGGGCAAAAACGAGCUUCUUACCCGCUACCUGCCUAUUUCCCCUGACCACGAAAUUGUGCCGCCCACCCCAGACUCAAGAACCAGGCAGCUAGGGCAACCCCUACCCGACUACACCCGCUUUUCUCCAGCUAAGAUCGCCCUCCGCAGGCACCUCAACCAAGAUUCGGCUGCCAAUCAAUUUAGAGCCCUUGGCAACAUCCACCGGGGCGACACUGGUGCCGUCUCAUCUCCAACUCUUGGAUUAAAACAGUCUUGCUCCUCACCCAGUUCAACUGAUAUUCAAGCGACCGCCACAGCCAAGAGCACAGAUAAGGAAAAGAGCCCGACUGCCCCCGGCGACACCAUAACCAGUCUACCAAUCAGCAUCCCCCUCAGCACUGUGCAUCCCAGCAAACUUCCUGUCAGCAUCCCACUGGCCAGCGUCGUGCUGCCAAACCGUGCAGAAAGACUGAGGAGCACUCCUAGUCCAGUUUCGAAUCCUGCAGGACAGAGCAAUGGCAAGCCGCCUCUCACGCCUACCUCAGGGUACUCCUCCAGCUCAGGAUUGGUGAAUGGCUCUCACUCUGCCAUGCUGACCGAGGACCAAGACUGUGAUGCUGCAUCCCCUCCCCCUCACAGCACUCCUAUCAUGGGCCUCCAGCCUCGUGGCUCUGGCCUCAGUCCUGCGCUGGGCACCGGAGGCGUGUUGCAGUACGCCGACGGCCCACCGAGGCUUCCCCCCGAAGACGGCCAUGACCGCCAAGGCCCAGAAUCCGACACUGAGCCCUUAGACAGCGAAGCUCGUCGUCGUAUCUUUUUCUCCUCGUCCUCUUCUUCCUCCUCAUCUUCGUCCUCCACAGGAGGCUCGAGGCUUCACCACGGGUCUGUAAAGCAGGGUCACCAUCAUCACAGUAAGCACCAUCACCACCACCACCACCAUCAUCAUCAUCAUCACUCUCCGAGUUCUCACAGCCAAGAGGGGCGUAAACGUGGGCGGCGGAAGCGCAGCUCCUCUGGGGCUGUUCCCAUUAGCGGAUCCCCCAAAAGAAGGGCAUUUCUGGGACUUGGCUCCUCAAGCCAUUCCUCCGGAUCGCCGCUUAAUAUCAAUUCAAUGGUGAACAAUAUAAACCAGCCUUUGGAGAUCUCCGCCAUCUCUUCCCCAGAGCAGUCAGGACGAAGCCCGUGUGGGACAGAUCUAGAUCAGCCUCCUGUGCUCAAAAGAGAGCGUCCUCUGGAGCUCAACAAUACAGGUCGUUAUUCCUCCACCCCUAGUUCAGAUGAAGAGGGCACCAAUUAUGCCCCGGACACCUCUAGUUCAAGCCGAAUUGAACGGAAAAUCGCCACCAUUUCCUUAGAUCGAGAUGGACCCAUCAGAGAUGUGGAAAGAGGCUCGCAAGGACGUAAAUCAGGUGCCAGUAGCGUGAGCAGUGAGGUAUCAUCUUCCUCCGGAGCUAGCAAGUGGAAAUCCACCUUCUCCCCAAUCUCUGACCCUAAGCCAACUCCUCCAGAUCUCCGCCAGGGUGGCUCGCCAUUUGGGGGUGUGGGGGCGUCCCGAGGCGGUACGGACUCCGACUCAGACCAAAAACCGCAGAGGAGAGGGGAACGUGAGCGUGAGUCUUACGGGAACUCGAACCUCUUCCUCAGUCAGGAUGGUGGCAGUCGCUCGGUCGUCAACUCAGAGCGGCCGCUGCAGAAACAGAAAUCACGGGAGUGGGACCUGAAAUCUGUAAGCGGAUUGGCCAGCCAGAACCUCUUUAUAUCCGCCGCGGCCAGUGGAGGCAUCUUGAGUGGGAAAGUGGGUGGGGCUGCCACUGUUUCCUCUGCCGCCUCAGUGGGACAGUACUUCCCCCUGGGCGGGGCUUCGGUCCUCCAAUCUUUAUUUGGAGCUCAGACGCCCGGACCAGCCACCAGCGGAGCCCCCCGGUUGGUUAAUGGACAUUCGGCGCUCAGCAGUUUCUCUAGCGCCGGGCUUGCUGGGGGCGCUGCAGGAGGGAUUUUUCACCACAUGGUGCCUUCAGUCUCCUCACAGCAGUCUGGGGCCAAUCACCAGGGCCCCGGGGCCCUCAGUUCCCAGCAGAGGCAUCUGGACACGAACCCCAAAGCAGGGGCCUCGUUCUUGGCCUCUGGCCCCUUGCAGCACAGCCGCACACAGACAGUCCUACACGCGCCCUCCCCGCCUGCCCUCGCCCUCCCUCCGCCCCCUCCCCUCCUGAACGCCUCCUCCGCUGCCCCGUCCCAACCUUCCUCCCCGCGUCCCGAGCGCCACCAGUCCUCAAGGCCGCAGUCGUCCCUCCCUGCUUCCACCUCUUCCUCCCCGGCCGCUACAUCUGCUUCCGCCACCUCCUCCGCUUCCUCCCGGCCCUUCACUGUGCACUAUCCCCCGCAUCUGCCGCCUCCGCACCCGCCCGGCAGCGCAGGUUCAGGUGGGCCUGGGGCAUCCUGGAGGACUCUGGGUAUGCAGGUGUCCUACACUGCCUCGCAGAUCCCCGGCAAUCGCCCCAGAUAGGACAUGUCCGGGCAUAGGAGGGUGGGGGAGGGGGUUUGGUAUUUGACGUGACAAUAAACUGUUAUUAGACGGAUACAGGGAAGCAAAUGUUAUGAGUCCCAACAAGGUAUGUGGUGUUGGCAUGGAAAUGGGCGACGCGCUUUGCUGCUUUUUUUUUGCGUAGCUGCAUUUCCUGUGAGUUGUUUUGGUUUCAGAAAUCAGCUGUUAGACUAUUUAUGUCAGAAUUGCCGUUUUGUUUGCAUCUUUCGAAAAUAUCAUUACAUGUUCAGGGCUCAACAAUAAGGAGCAAAUCUGAGUGAUUUCUACUUUUACUAGCCCACAAAAAUUAUAUUUGAUUUUACAUAGUAGAAAUACACAACACAUAUUAGCAAUGUAUUUUUGUAAGUGUUUGAAAAUGUAUUUAUUUUUCUCAUAGAAUUUUGUGCCCCUGUCGAAAAAGGAAAUUUAAAAUGGCUAAUUUGGAUAUUUGACUGUUUUCAAUUAAAUAUUAUAGUCAUUUUAUAAUGUAACUACCUUUCAUAAACAUUUUUUGCUGGAUGAUUGCGAUGGUUUAUUGUGAUUAGAAUAUUGUAGUAAUAAAAAGUAGAUAUAAAAUUGUAGUAGUUUACCUUUUUCUUUAAUUACUUGAGUCAUAUUUUUAUAUAAUAUGAAUCAGUUAAUUAGGAAUUGAAUACAACCCUAAGAAAGGGUUUACUACUGAAAUUUCUUUUACUGUAGUUAUAAAAUAUGAACCAAUAAUAGUUAAAAUAUUUUUAUAUUAUUCAUAUAAAUAGUGUAAAAUAUAAGUCAAUUCAUAAACAAUGUAAGCAUUUAUUUAAUAUAUCAUAUUUUGAUGUAUUUAAAAAAUUAUUUCGUCAUAUUGUUUUAUUUGAUUUGUGUGAAUCAUUUUAAUCAUUUAUUUACCUUAUAUAAUUUAUUGAUUCAAUUUAUAGUAGUAAUCAAUUAUGAAUUAAAUACAACCCUAAGAAAGGGUUUACUACUAAUUUUUUUUUCCUGACUUUUUUCUCAGAAUUGAUAAAACUUGCAAUUUUUCCCACAAUUCUGACAUUUUUUUCUCAGAAUUGUGAUAUAAACUCACAAUUGCAAAAAUAAAGCCAGAAUAGUGUUUCCCAGAUUUGAGUUUGUAUCUUUUAAUUCUGACUUUUUUCUCACAAUUCUGACUUUUUUUUUCCAGAAUAAACUCGCAAUUGCGAGUUAUAAAGUCAGAACUGUGAGAUGAAAACUCUGCCUUUUUUCUUUCCAAUUCUACUGUUUUCUAUUAUAAUUAUAAAAUAUGAACCAAUUAAUGGUUAAAUUAAAUAUUUUUAUUCAUAUUAUAAAUAGUGUAACUUAAACAUUUAUAUUUUUAUAUUUGUUAAUACACAUAAAGAAAUCAUAUUUUGCACACUAAGCCAUUAAAAUAAUCCAGCAAAUAUGAUUAUAAAAAUUUCAUAUAUAUUAUUUUUGUUAUAUGUAAUAUUAUUAUUACUUGUUUAAAGAAAUAAUAUAAAAUAUCUACAAUUUUUAGCCCAUUGUAAAUGAUCUUUACAAGCAAGUCCCUCUUGUGGAAGUUUUAAACAUCGCAGUCCAGUCAAGUUUGCCAGGCAUGAAAAAUUGUUGAGCCCUGAUGUUAUAUCAGAUGAAAUAUCUGUCCACAUUUUGUGUAAUUCUUGGAUUUUACCCCCGACUGGUUACAGGUAACUGAAGAAAUCUACCUCAACCCAACAUAACCUAUGCAAUGGACAGGUGUGGACCAAUGGGCUCGACUCGCUCACCGGUGCUCAAACAUUUGCUAAAGCCGCCACUGUAAAACUGGCAUGGGUAUCAGAACUUAUCACAGGUGCAGCUUAACACAAACACACAUACAUACACACAAACACACAGCCCUUGAAUCAUAUUCAGAUUGACACAGUAUGCAGCUUCCUUGUUUUUCAGAGUGUGUUAUGGUGGCACCAUGUUGGGCUGAUGCUAACAGCCGUUUAUAAAUAAUUGUGAGUUUAACAUAGCCUUAUUGACAGAUGGCUUACUAAAUUUGCAGCCAUCUUCCGGUGGAUUCACAAUCAGUGACACAGGAAGUGUUCUCAAUGUCAGGAAUAUCAUUUCAGUCAGUCCGUACACAAAAAAUGACUUGUGAAUCUCUGUAACCAUGCUGCUGUUAUCAGUGGAAAGAAAUGUGGCUUUUUGUGAUUGACAACUCCUAUUCGGAUGGACUCCAUGAAGCCCCUGGAGCCUGAUACAGUUCCCAUGCUGGGACGUCACUGUUACAGCGUGAGCUUGUGCUGUGAAGUCACUAUUUUGGUGAGAUUGAUGUUGCUUUGGCUUGAGCUUUUAAAAACUUCACAUUAAUUAUUUGCCUCAUAAGGUGAAAUAUGUAGGAAACCACAAGCUCCAGCUGUAUAAGGGUGAGUCUCCAAGUGAUAUUUUACCCCAAAAAUAAGAUAAUUUGAAAUUAUAUAUUGCAUAAUAUUAAAACCAUCAAGAUUUUUGUAAUUGUGAAUUUUUUUCAUGACUAUAAGCACAUUUCCCCAAAAUUCUCUUAAUGCAAAAAAUGCAUUUGUCAUAUAGAGAUAGUACUCACAAUUUAGUUCAACAAAUACAACUUUUGCAAUUGUACAUAAAAAUACUUUGUUAAAUUGCGGUACAGUUUCACAUUGCAGUGUAUAUUUUUCUUGCAUUACAGUAUUGUAUAGAAGCCCGUUUCUGCCACUGAAUAAAAAAUAAAAAAGGUUGUUGCAACUUUUUAUCUUACAUUUCUGACCUUUUUCCGCACAAUUGCAAGCUUAUUUCUCGCAAUUUUGACCUUUUUCUCGCAAUUGCGAGUUUGUAUCUCACAAUCCUGACUUUUUCUGUGAACGAGUUUGUAUUUCAGAAUUCUGACUUUUUUUCUCACAAUUCUGAUUUUUUUUUUUAAUUUCGUGAUAUAACUCACAAAUGUGAGAAAUAAAAUCAGAAUUGUGAGAUAAAAACUAGCAAUUAAGGCAUUUUUUUCUUGAAGUAGUGAGUUUAUAUCUCACAAAUCUGACUUUUUUCGCAAAUACUUGGAAAAGUCUGAAUUGUGAUAUAACUCACAAAUUUGAGAAAUCAAGUCAGAAUUGCAAGAGGAAAAACUAGCAAUUUUGACCUUUUUUUUUUUUUUUUUUUUUUUCUCUCGCAAUUGCGAGUUUAUAUCUUACAAAUCUGACUUUUUUCCGCAAAUGCAAGCUUAUAUCUUGCAGUUUUAUCUCUUACAUUUGUUAGUUUACAAACUCACAUUUGUAAAAAAAAAAAAAAAAAAAAGUCAGAACUGUGAGUUUGUUCAACAAUUGCAAGUUUGUAUCUUGCAAUUCUGACCUUUUUCCUUGGAAUUCUGACUUUUUUUUUUUUUUUUGCAAAAUUCCUGCGUGAUAUAAACUCACUUAAAUUUCUGACUUUUCGUAAAUGCAAGUUUAUAUCUCGCAAUUCUGACUUUUUUCCUCAAUAUUGCGAGAUGUAAACUCACAAUUGCAAGAAAUCAGUCUAAAUUGUGAGAGAAUUGAGAGAAAAAGUCAGAAUUGCAAGAUAUAAACUCACAUUUGUGGAAAAAAAAAUCAGAACUGACCUUUUUUCUCACAAUUUAGACUUUGAAAAAAUGGAAAGGGGAAAAAAGUCGCAAUUACUUUUUUUUUUUUUUUUUUUUUUUUUUUUUAUUAUUAUUAUUAUUAUUAUUAUUAUUUAUUUAUUUAUUAUUUAUUCAGUGGUGGAAACAGGCUUCCAUAGUUUUGGGCAUUGAAGAUUGUCAUGAAAAUCAAGUCACUACAAAAAAAAAAAUUAAUAAUAAUACAUUUUAAUUAAAAUUUAAUUUUACAUUCUUUUUUUGGGUUGAAAUAUGACCAGGGCUUGAUGGGCUUCAUGAGAUACACCGAUAAUAAAAUAAUUUAAUUUUUAUUUUUACACUGGAUAAUUUACCUGUGGAGCUGUUAAUGACAAACAUAUUAUAACAGCAUGUCAUUUUUUAAACUUUAAGCUUUUAUUAAUCAAAGGGAAAAAUAUAAAUUUUACAUGCAUGUAAAAUAAAUCAAUUUUAGAAAAAGAAAUAUGAAACGAACACAAAUGCACCUUCCAGGAAUACACGAUUGAAACACAAUCUGCAGGGAGAGAAGCAGUUAGAGCCACAGAAUGAGCGAAAAGCCUGUAAGGAGUUAUUUAGUCAGGUUAGUUACUUUAACUACCAGAUCUUAUUGAAUCACUACGUUUACCGUUUGGUUUAAGGCCCUGUUUUAAUACUCAAGCUUCCAUGCUCCUAACAGUUACUGCUGAACCUUUAAUACAAUGCACAUAUUUUGUUCAAUCGGGACGCGGUGUCUUACACGGUACAGGCUUAUUCAGGUGAAUCUGGUGCUGAACCAUAUUCCUCGCAGAUUUCAUAGGUGUUCUCCUUCGGAUGACCACAUCCGAUGUUGUCGUGGUGCUCUUCGCAACCUGGAAAAACCAGCACACGCUUGUACAUAAAAACACACUGAUUGAAAGAUGUACACACACUGGGAAAAUGCAAGAUCACAAAACGACAAAAAACUACUGGGCAACUUCAACUCAUCCUUUUGUUUCUAAUUCCUUUGUGUAUGUUUUUUUUCUGUACUGUGAAUGGUAGUCUCUCUCGGACUGUAUAAUUGUGUAUAUAAUUUGGGUUAUUUAUCGUUUUAAUUUUCUGUCUUUUUGUUAUUUCUUUUGGUUUGUGAUUGCUCUUAUUUUGUAUUGGAGCAGAGCACAACAUGUGCAACAUGUAUGUACUUGACUCGCAGUCUAAAACAAAAUGGUGCUACAAUCUGUACAACUUUAGACUGUGCUUAUUUAUAUUAAGAUCAUCAACAACAACAACAAAAAAGAAAUGAAUAAAGAUUUUUGGUGCUUCUUUUACACAGGGAUGUUUUCAAGCCUCGCGGCAUUUAUUUUUCCAAUAUUUAUAAUGUAUUAUUUGGCGCCCAGCAUGAAGCAGCCCCUGCUUGUUUGGAUCAGUGCCGUUUUUAUAUAGAAGAAACACCUUUUGGUCUUAAUCGAGCUUGAAGAAGCAUGAAAGUACAUUGCAGAACUUUAUAGGAUGUUUGUUUUUUUUUUUUGUUAGUUUUUGUUUUGUUUUGUUUUGUUUAAGUAUUUACUAAAUGGUGCUCCGAAAUCGACCUGUAAGACAGGUAGUGAAUGCUUUGAAUCGUACAUAUGGCACACUGUUGAAACUAGUGCCAUAUGGCGUUUUCAUUUCGUGACAUUUUUGAUUUCUCAUAGGGAGAACGUGUGCUAAGCCUGUUUGCCUACCGACUUGGGCCCGUACGCCUCGGUGCUGUUUCUUAAGAUCGUCGUUUUCUUCGCAAAUGUAAGGCGAACAGCUUCAUCGUACAAAAACUGGUGCUGCGGUUCACACGAAUGUUGACCAGUGUCAGCCAAUCCACUAUCAAAGCCUGUCCUAGAGUGCGUCGUGUAACUUAUAGUUUGAGCCUAUUGCAUAUCGUGGUGAUGUGAAAUUGUUCUGAUGUGACCGGUCGUAGAUAUGGCUAGUGUUUUCACAGUUGGCUAGUACUAGUGGUUGACCGAUAUGGCUUUCCCAAUGACUGUUGAAAUAAUCAAUAGCUUGGAUAGAGAAUAGGCUAAUAUAAUGACGUAUAUGAAAUAUUUGGACAACUAUAUUGGUAGUUGACCAAAAAAAUGCAGUUUGUUCUUUAUUUAUUCACCCAAAUCUGUUUGACUGUGGAAAACCAUUUUUGUCCACAAUGGAAGUCAGUGGACCCCAAAAUUUGGACCCCAUUCACUAUUACUGUAUGGACGAAAUUUUUGUCCACACAGUGGAACUCAAUGGGGUCCAAAAUUUGGACGCCAUUUACUUUCAUUGAAUGGACGAAAUUUGGUAGAUUCCCUGUUGCCCGAUAAUAUCGGUCUGUCACUAACUGGUACAGCGUCGUCAAAAUUGUCAUUGGCGUGCAACAUCGCCAACUUGAAGACAAAGCAGGAGUGGACUUCCUCGUCGUUUUGCGUCCUUACUUCCUUUUAUCGUGUUUUGUUGCUCAAGGAAAACUCAACCUCGCCUAAGCUUUAGUCAGAAUGCUGUUUAAUAGACUAUGGUGUAUAAUAAUAUUAAAAAAAGAAACAUUGUGUAAAUGGUCUUUCUGUCCAAUUAACACAAGGACAUUUUGAUGAAAUAGGAUAUUGACCAGUACAUUGUUACCAGCACUGAGGGUUAUUAUUUUUAUUUUUUUUAUUGGUAGUAAUUAAUAGUCAUUGUUAAUGUUACCUGUUUUAAUGGCCAAUUUGUGUUUUGAUAUCCUUGCGACUGUUUAUCAAUGAUGGUUAUUAUGAUUUCAUAAUCCUGACCAUUUGGAUACUCUUUCGAAUAGUAAGGUGCUCUCCUACACUUUAAACGAGGAAAAUGCAGCUAUGAAAUUCAUGCGCCUCUCGCGUCGCGAGGGGUAAACAUUUAAUAAACGUCAAUGCAA